AUGCCAAGUGUUUCUAAAUCAUCUUCCCCAAAAAAAUCACAGGACAAAAACAACGAUAAUAAAAAGAUAUCCUCACUAAGUGAGUUUUACUGCUGCUAUUUACUCCGAUCAAUAAGGAAAACUCAAUCUUUUUAUAUUGGCUCAACACCAAAUCCUUACAGAAGAUUAAGGCAGCAUAAUGGAGAACUGACCAGAGGUGGUGCCUAUAGAACGAAAAGGCAAGGUACAAGACCAUGGGAAAUGUGUUUUAUAGUGUACGGAUUCCCCAAUAAAAAUAGCGCUCUACAAUUUGAACAUGCUUGGCAACAUAUUUAUGAAUCGAGAUUUAUUACAAAUAAUGACGAGUAUAAAAAUUAUAAGUUUACUAAAAGCAGUAGGGGGCUACAUUUCAAGAUAGCCGGUGCUAGAAUGCUAGUACAUUGCGACCAUUUUAAGAUCAUGAACUUGAAAAUUAGGUGUUUUAACAAGAGUUUUUAUGAGGCCUGGAAAACUAACAAAUAUAAACUUCCUUGUAAUGACGCCGAAAAUCGUUUAUUUUUAGACAUAGAGUUGGAGAAUAAUGAUGAUUUAGAUAUAGUGCGAGGGAAAUGUGGAGAAACACAAAGUCAAAACAUUACAAAAUCAACUCAGGAUUUGAACCCUUUAAUUAAUGAUGGUAAAUCGCCGAGAGAGGAAGAUCCUUCAAGCUCUGAAAAUGACUUAUAUGUAAGUGAUAUCAAUGAUCCAGUAAUAAAAAUAGCAAGAAAAAAUUUAAAAUUAGUUUACACAUUUUAUCUCAAUUACGUUGAUGACUUAAAAAAUUAUUAUGAGAAAUCAGAAAAAAGUUUGAUAUACGGAGAACUGUCUUGCGAAUUAUGCCAUACAUCGUUUAAUUAUAUGGAUGAAAAACCAAAACCAAAGUUGGCCUUUUGUUAUCAUGAAAAUUGUAACUCGAUAUCACAUUUGCACUGUUUAUAUAAACAUUCGACUAAAUCAGCAGGUAAACUUGUACCAAUCGAGGCAAAAUGUCACAGAUGUGAUAACGUACUGGAGUGGAUCUCUGUUGUCAAAAAUUCCAUUGAAAUUAAAAAUAUAUUAGGCAAUUAA